CGGGGCGGGCCGCGCAUGCGCAGCCGGCCCCGCGCUGCGUCUGCGGUGCCGGCGGGAGGGAGCGGAGCGGCCGCGGCCGCGGCCCCGCUGCGGGGAUGGGGCAGCUCCCGGUGCCGCCGCUGCUGCUGUCGGUGUCGGUGCUGCUGCUGUGGCAGCUCGGCGGAGCCCGCGCUCAGGGUGAGUGUCCCAGGCCGGAGCGGCUGCAGUACGCAGAGCUCGACGCCAGCUCCAGGGAAAUGCAGAAUUUUCCCGUCGGGAGCCGAGUCUCCUUCACCUGCCGGCCGGGGUACAUGAGAGUGCCGGGGAUGUCGCUGACCUGGACGUGUGGAGAUGACUUGCAGUGGUCACCCAAAGGCGUCUUCUGUAAAGCAAGAAAAUGUACGUACCCAGGAGACUUGGAAAAUGGUUAUUUUGAUCCAACAGAUCUUUCAUUUGGUUCAAAGCUGACAUUUUCUUGUAGGGAAGGAUACAGGCUACGGGGUAAGGAAGAAAUUUCCUGUAUUAUCAAAGGUGGAGGUGUUGACUGGAGUGGACUUCUGCCUUACUGUGAAAAGAUUCCUUGUGAGCCACCUCCCAAAAUAGCCAAUGGGGUGUAUGAGGAGAGAGAGAGCUACGUGUACCAGAGCUCAGUGACCUACAGGUGCCUGGAUGUGCCCAGUGGCAGUGAUCCCUUCUCCCUCAUUGGCCCAAGCACCAUUCACUGCACAGCUGAUGCACACUCAAAUGGAGUUUGGAGUGGGCCACCUCCAGAAUGUCGAGUGGUCAAAUGUGAAGACCCCAGAGUUGAGAAUGGGAGAAAAACAUCUGGAUUUGGAUAUUCCUACACUUACAAGAACUCAGUUGUGUUUGAGUGUCUUCCAGGCUAUUUUCUGGUUGGAGCAGAGGUAAUUACCUGUGAAGAAAAUAGCAUCUGGGUUCCUCCAAUACCAACUUGUGAGAAAAUUACUGCAGAUAUUUGUCCUGCCCCAAAGAUCCCCAAUGGGGUCCUGGUUCCAAGCAAACCUUCCUAUGGGAAGGGAGAGUCUGUGCUGCUCAGGUGCAAUGCUGGCUGCUCCUUCCCUGGUGGCUCUGCAGAGGUGACAGUGACCUGUCAGGGACAGGGCUCCUGGACUGCUUUACAAUCCUGCACCUGUGAGUCUGAAGGUUCUGGUUCCACACCAGUCAUAAGUCAUGGGAUGGUGACAACUGGACAAAAACCCUCCUACUCUGUGGGGGAUUUCAUCACCAUUGAGUGCUACUCAGGGUACACCUUGCAUGGGCAGGCUCAGAUCCAGUACAUUGGGAACAACCAGUGGGAGCCUGCAGUGCCAACCUGCCAGCUCAGUGGAUAUGUUAUAGCCAUCAUCUGUUUGAUUGUGAUAAUUGUGAUGCUCCUGGCAGCCUUCUGGAUCUACAAGAAAUUCUUCUCACAGAAUGGGAAACGUGACAGCACUCCCAGUUCUGCCGAAUAUAAGAUGUAUAAAGCAUGAGUGACCUUGUGGGGUGGGAGGGAUUUGCAGAGGAAUAUCAGAGCUGGAAAAUGCUUGACUGCCCUUGCAGUGAGUUGCUGUCCAUGAGUUCCUUGUGCUGUGUCUUGCUGUGCUGCUGAGCUGCAGGAGGAGGUGUGUGAUAGGAUCAGAAGUGUUUGUGCACACAGAUAACACAGACAGACCCUGCUUUCCUUCUGGGCCCCUCCCUGUCCUUCUGUGCUGGUGGGCUGGGGAAAGGCAAUACUGUGGCAUGCCAGAGCCUGUGGGAGUGCUGCAGUGUCACUGUCCCAGUGCUGCUGCUGCUGCCUGCUGCCUUCAGUGCCACCUCUUUGCUUACAGAUGAUGUCCAAUAUUCUCCCCCUCUGCUCACUCAAACCUGGUUGUCCUUCCCAUCCCUUUUUGCACUUGGGAUGGUGUAAAUGGUUCUGUUGUUCCCUUUGUGCUCUGAAAUGUGUGGUUGCUCAUUCCCUGGAGAAUCUGGUGCCAUUUAAGGCAAUGUCUUUUGGAAACUAUCACAAUUAAGAUCUUAUAUACUCUACCUCUUUGUCUGCCAAAGUUGGUUGCUGUAUAUAUAAUGAAUUAAAGUGUGCCUUGAAAUCAGACUUUUAUAGCUUUUCCUUUGCUUCUGAGAAGGAAAAAAGCCAUAUAUAUUCUGAUUCUUUGCUCUAAUCCCCCAAAAACUGCAGUGGAUUUGUUGGAACUGCAAACUGAAGGAUUCUGUAGCAAAGGCAUCCCCUGCCUGUUGACAGGAGGUCCCUAAUUAUAGGAACUGCUGAGAGCUCAGUGGUAGCCAUGUCCUGUCAUGAGCACAGUGGAAGUUCCUUAGGGUGCUUGAUUCUAGUGAGCCUUGAUGUCAGUUCUGGAGAUCUUCUGUUGCUUUCAAGGAUAGAAAUGGGUGCUGUGUCUUCCACCUGCCUUGCUUCUUCACUUGAACUCACAUACUCUAUAUUUUAACCUCUGGCUGCAGACUGGGAUGUUAAAUCAAGCUCUAAAAAGCUGCAUUUAGCAUCAGCUUGCUGUUUAGAAGCAGAAGCUUUUCCCUGUCACUUUUCAGUGGAAGGAAAGCCAAACCAGUUCAGUUGUGUGAGAUGUGGUGGUCUCUUGUUUGCUGCUUCUCCAUCAAAUGUUUUAGAGUAGAUUCUGACUCCUGGAGCUCUCACCAUGAUGUUUGCCACUAGUUGAGACUCACUGCUACAACCAAUUGCUCAGCAAACCCCAGAUCUUAACUAGAAGAGGUUUUAGCUUCACAAGUCUCACUAUCAGCUCCAGGCAGCUUCUGAUUUUCACAGAACACCCAAAUAGUCUCACUUCAGAUGCCUGAGGCAGCAUUGAAACUGCUCUGGCUUGUCUGUGGCUGCUUGGCACUGCUCUCCCUGUCAUCAGCAGCUUGUUGGAGUGGCACAGAGCUGUUUGGGGCUUUCUGGGGCUUUUUGGGACAAUCCCAGCAGUUGUAUUGUUGGAGUUCAUAAUAGGCUGUGCUUAUUAGAAAGGGGCUUUGGCUCUGCAGGAGGAUUUGCUGCUCGUGGCCUGGCUGAUAGCUCAGUUUGAGAGAUGUUUGUAAACACUGGGAUGUGUGACUGGGGCUGAGUGUGGUGCUGGUCAGGAGCUCAGCUUGCUUUGUGUGGCAUCUGCAAUGUGCUGAAAUACACUGGAAUGUUCUUAACUGGGAAGUGAAAUCACUGUACAAAGUGGCCCUUUUUUAAUUCUCCUUUCUGGAUGUAAAGAUUAGCAAUGAUUUGUAAUAUUCCAAAUAAAAAUGUUAAAUUAUUUAGCAGUAA